ACCUGUCCAUGGAGGUCGCUGAAAGUUGCCAUUGGGUCUGCUGACAAGCAGAUUGGUGACUGGAUCCUGUCAAACAAAAUCCUCUUUUUUUAUCAUAACUGAUGAACCAUUGGGCUUUCAGCUGAUCUUGAUUCCUGUGUUCCACCGCAUCUUUCUAUAAACCUCUAAUAUUUCCAAGUAUGGAUUAUCGAUGAAUACUUCAUGCAGCAUGAGCCCCUGCAGCAAGGUUGGGCGCAUGAUCUUCUCCUCCUCCUCGGCCUACAUGGUGGAGAAAGUCCUGGGGACUGGAGCGUUCGGAGAAGUCUCUCAGUGUUUAAACCUUACGACGUUUAAAAGAGUAGCUCUAAAACAAACCAGGAGAAGCACCUAUAAUGAACGGGCAGAGAGGGAGGUCCAGAUCCUGAAGACUUUGCAACAAAGCAACUCGCACAGGUACAACAUCGUUCGGUGGCACGAGGCCUUCGUCUGGGAAGGAUGCUAUUGUCUGGAGUUUGAGAAGCUGGAUGUCAAUCUCCUGGAAUAUCUGCGGCGGAGUAAAUCUGGGUCCCUGAAGCUGCAGGAAAUUCGGCCGAUUCUGCAGCAGUUGGCCACGGCGCUCCAGUUUCUGCAGAGUCUGAAGAUCGUCCAUGCAGAUCUGAAACCUGAGAACAUCAUGAUGGUGGAUAAGAUGUGCAAACCGCCCCGAGUCAAACUCAUUGAUUUUGGAUUGGCAAUCCCAAUCUCUGAGGUGCAUGCUGGGAAGAAAAUCCAGACCCUGUGGUACAGAGCUCCAGAGAUCCUGCAGGGGGCAGCAUUCAACGAGACUAUCGACAUUUGGUCCCUGGGAUGCAUUGCAGUGGAAUUAUUUUUGGGAAAGCGGCUGUUCGCUGCUUCUGAUGAACAUGACAUGGUCAACCAGAUCUCGCAUAUAUUGAAGCAGCACUCGUGGAUAAGCUCCAAGCAGAGCCAACAACGUGUGCCGUCCAUGGCCAGGCUUGAGUCCCACGCCAUAAAUGAUCUCAACGACCUUCUGCUGAGGGUUCCCAGGAAUCACCAUGCAGGAGAUGAAAUGUGGGCCGAGCUGAAGGACAGGAUGAGAUUCGUGGAGCUGAUCGAGAAGAUGCUUGAAAUAGAUCCGAGCCAUAGAAUCACCCCAACAGAAAUCCUUCAGGACCCCUUCCUGACAAUGAACCACCUCGUGUUUCCCUUCGACCACACCGCAUACUACAGAGCGUGCAUAGAGCAGAUGGAUUUUAGCAAAACACAGCAGAAGGAGAACAAGCUGGGUUAAUAGCAAAGACUUCGGGACCUCCAACCAUUGGAAAACAACCACAACAUGGCCCGUACUGACUGAACAGAGAAGAAGAUCUGAAGCAUGUGAAGAUGUAAGGAAGGCGUGUUUCACCUCAAGGAUUCACUCUCGAUGGGGACUUGGACACGUGGGCCGCAUUACAUAAGGAGACUGGGAUAUCAAGCCAAACCAAUGGCACGAAGUCUAAAAUGAAACUUCAAUCUUGCUACUAUGAUGUGAAAAAACCCAAGAAUAAAUAGGAAAAACUGUAAUGUGAUAUGCUUAAAAUGUCUUCUGCUUAUAUAUUGCUUCAUUUAAAAUAAAAAUUAACAUAGUCCUAAAUAUCUUUAAGUGGUUAUCUUAGCCACUGGGUAACAUUUAUUUUGAAGAUUAUUUUAACAUUUUAAUAGAACUAUUAUUGGCUAUAGGGGAGGAAUAUAGACAAAUUGAAUGGUAAAAUAAAUACUUAUACAUUUAAAUAGAAAUAAAUGCUAAAAUGCUGUCUUCACAAGGGCCUCAUGCGGCCCCCGGGCCACACUUUGCUGACGUGUCUAGAAAAAACGAGUCUCACGCCAUCAUGCUGCAUCUCAUGUACAUUCCUGGUUGUGAUCUAAUGAAUGAUGUUGACAAACCCAAGGACUUUCAAGAAAUAGUAUUUAUUAUUGUCUAACAAGUACAAUUGGAAGUUAACCAUGAAAUAUUUACAAUGACAGGAGAAUAUAU